CGCAGAGUACAGUACAUGUGAACAAUUUUCCCAAUAUUUAUUUUUUCCAGUGUUAGACAGGGCUAUGAAGAACUGGAAAGACAACUUAAAGAAGUCUUUAAGGAAAGAAGCAACAUACUUCGCCAGCUGUCAAAGACGUCCAAAGAGCUUGAGGGAAUUAAAGUAAACCUUCAGUCUUUGAAAAAUGAUGAGGCAUCAGCCAAAAGUGAUGUACAGAAACUCCUGGAAUUAGGCCAGAAACAAAGGGAAGAAAUGAAAUCACUCCAGGAGGCCUUUCAAAAACAGCUUAAUGAGGCAGCUGAGAAGGCAGAAAAGCAACAGGCCACAAUUAAUUUUUUGAAGACUGAAAUGGAGAGAAAAAGCAAAAUGAUCAGAGAUCUCCAAAAUGAGGUAAGGCUCAACCUACCCUUCAAGAUUGUUUCAUCUAUCUAUCUAUCUAUCUAUCUAUCUAUCUCAAAAAAGAUUCAAGCCCAACUGAAGGAGCUUCGCUAUGGGAAAAAGGAUUUGAUAUUUAAG